AUGGAGCUGGUGAAUUUGGUGUGUGUGAUCGUGGGGCUGGUGUUCUUCAGUUUGGCCUUGUUGACCUUUGCCCUUUGUGAGUGGAGUCCUGGAGUGAAUAAUGUGGCUAGAAUCAACAUCUGCAUCAGUCUUCUGUUGGCUCACCUUCUGUUUCUGCUCACACAGCAGUUCCUGAGCCUCAUACGGCCUCUGCAGGUGUUGUGUGCCGUGAUCUCAGGACUUCUACACUUCCUCUUUCUCUCCGGCUUUGUGUGGAUGUUCAUUGAAGCUGUGCUGCUCUUCAUCUGUGUGAAGAACCUAUCACAGAUCAGCUCCAAAAAGAGGGAGGUGCUUAGCAGUGGAUUCCUGUGUGUGAUUGGAUAUCUGGUUGCUCUGGUUGUGGUGUGUGUGUCUGUCGGUCUGGUUCCUGAAGGCUACGGCAGCGAAGACUGCUGGAUUAAAAUGGAUAAAGGUUUUUUCUGGAGUUUUCUGGGUCCUGUUUGUGUCAUACUAGCCAUAAACACGAUCCUCUUCAUCAGAGUCAUCAUCAGUCUGAGCUCAACUCUCAGAAGUCUAAAUGCUGAAGUUUCACAGAUGAAACAAACCAAGAUCAUGGUGUUUAAAACACUGGCUCAGUUUGUGGUUCUUGGUUGCUCCUGGAUUCUGGGUUUCUUCACUAAUGGCAGUAAGGUGCUGGAGAUCCUCUUCCUGAUCUUGAACUCCCAGCAGGGAACCUUCAUCUUCCUGAUCUAUUGUGUCUUCAAUAAUGAGGUCAGACUUUUACUCAAUUUACCAGCAUGUUCUUUUCUCUGAGGUCCUGUUCUUAUUUUGGUAAUCUUUAGCUGUGUCUGAAAACGCUCCCUAUCCCCUAUAUAAGUGAACGAGUUCAUUCCCUACAUUUGUACUACAU